UGAACCAGAGAUUCUUCUCCUUUCUUCUUUCCUUGUUCCUUCCUGAACUUGGGCGUGGAGCCGUGGGCGGCGGCCGGCGGCCGGCGGUGGGGCUCGUCUCGUCCCGUGCUCAGCGGCUCAGGCUGUUCGUCGGCGCCGUGCGCGGUGAGCAGCAGCCGAGCAGCGAACUCAAAGUUCCUGGCGCGGGCGGCCUGGCCCCUGCUCUCCUUCGACCUCUGCCACUGAUAUCAGCAAUGGCAGCAGCAAGUGUACAGCCUCCGCUCAACCCACGAGCGGCGGCGCCUUCGCCGGCAGCUCACACCUCUAACACUCGAAGCCUACAGGACACGCGAGUCCACACCUCCGACCCUUCCCUUCGUGCGAUGUUCCUCCGCGCGGUGGACCCCUCCCGCCCCGCCUCCUGGUCGGCCGCUGUCGCCGACCUCCUUUCCUCCGGCGACCCCGUCGCCGCGCUGGCCGUCUUCGCUGCCGCUCUCCGCGCUAACCCCGCCGCGCUUCGCCCGGCCCUUCCCCCCGCCUUCCGCGCAGCCGCCGCCGCCACCUCCCUCGCCGCCGGCCGUCAGCUCCACCUCCUUGCCCUCCGUUCGGGUCUAUUCCCCUCCGACCCGUUCUCCGCCUCCGCUCUCCUCCACAUGUACCACCACUGCCGCCACCCGCUAGACGCCCGCAAGGCGUUCGACGAAAUCCCCAGCCCCAACCCCGUCAUUAUCACCGCCAUGGCCUCCGGCUACGCGCGCAACAGUCUAUUCUACCCCUCGCUCGCUCUCUUCCGCGCCUUGCUCGUCUCUGGAUCUUCCAUGGCGGUGGACGAGGCGGCUGCGCUCGUGGCCUUCUCCGCGUCAGCCCGUGUCUCGGACCGAGGGAUUACAUCUAGCCUUCAUGCGCUCAUUGCCAAGAUUGGCUUGGACGUGGAUGCUGGGGUGGUCAACACAAUGCUAGACGCGUAUGCCAAGGGCGGUGGCCGUGAUCUGGGGGCCGCAAGGAAAGUGUUUGAUACGAUGGACAAGGAUGUGGUGUCCUGGAAUUCGAUGAUUGCGCUCUAUGCUCAGAAUGGGCUGUCCGCGGAGGCCCUCAGGCUAUAUGGCAACAUGCUGAAUGUUGGUGGAGGCAUUAGGUGCAAUGCUGUGACCUUCUCUGCCGUGUUACUGGCUUGUGCGCAUGCUGGGACAAUACAGACUGGAAAGCGCAUUCAUAAUCAGGUGGUGAGAAUGGGUUUGGAGGAAAAUGUCUACGUUGGAACUUCUGUAGUCGAUAUGUAUAGCAAGUGCGGAAGAGUUGAAAUGGCAAGAAAGGCUUUUGAAAAAAUUAAGGAGAAGAAUGUCCUUUCAUGGUCUGCCUUGAUUACUGGCUAUGGCAUGCAUGGUCAUGGACAACAAGCCCUUGACAUAUUUGAUGAGAUGAGGAGAUCAGGGCAAAAUCCUAAUUACAUAACUUUUAUAUCGGUUUUAGCUGCUUGUAGUCAUGCUGGUCUUUUAGAUAAGGGACGUUAUUGGUACAAAACCAUGAAGAAAAAGUUCGGGAUUGAGCCUGGUGUGGAACACUUAGGAUGCAUGGUGGAUCUUCUCGGCCGUGCUGGUUGUCUUGAUGAGGCUUAUGGCCUCAUUAAAGAAAUGAAGAUCAAACCUGAUGCUGCUAUCUGGGGAGCUCUUCUUAGUGCAUGUCGAAUCCACAAAAAGGUUGAACUGGCAGAAAUUUCGGCGAAAAGAUUGUUUGAGUUAGAUGCGACUAACAGUGGGUACUAUGUUCUACUGUCCAAUAUAUAUGCAGAAGCUGGGUUGUGGAAAGAUGUGGAGAGAAUGAGAGUUAUGGUUAAAGCACGAGGAAUAGAAAAGCCUCCAGGGUAUAGUUCAGUUGAGUUGAAAGGUAAAACCCAUGUGUUUUAUGUUGGUGAUAAGAUUCAUCCUCAGCACAAGGAGAUCUAUUCUUAUUUGGGGAAACUACUUGAGACAAUUCAAGAAGCAGGCUAUGUACCAAACACGAGUUCUGUUCUUCAUGAUUUAGAUGAAGAGGAGAAAGAGUCCGCAGUGCGCAUCCAUAGUGAAAAGCUUGCCGUUGCUUUUGCUCUAAUGAAUCAGGUCCCGGGUUCGAUAAUCCAUGUAAUAAAGAAUCUUCGGGUCUGUACAGAUUGCCACACAGCAAUGAAGUUUAUUUCAAGGAUCUCUGGACGAGAAAUUAUUGUCAGAGAUUUACAGCGUUUUCAUCAUUUCAAGGACGGAUCAUGCUCUUGCGGGGAUUAUUGGUGACAAACUUACAAGGGAGCUGAGGCUGUGAUGCCAUUUUCUCUGUCUGUAAUAUCACUGUUAUAUGUUACUCUUUCAUGUCAAGGUGGAUUUGUAUCCAAGAUACUAUAUUGUUGCAUAUUUUCAUCUGGAUUAGGCUAAUGACAUUGUCUCGCUGCAAUACUGCAUUGCUGGCUAGAGCCAGACAAAGUAUAUGUGAUAAUAUUGAAGGUUAGCAUUUUUUUUAAGGUUUUUUCUACUCAUUGGUUCAAUUUGCAUCUUUAUGUGGAAGACAUGAACUGCCAUUGUCAGUUUUGUUUUGUAGUACAUGGAUUUUUCAUUGUCCAUUACCAUUUUCAUAUGCUUGUACGCGCCGUUGGACUACAUAGCUUGUUUUGAACUUCUACUGUCGAGGCAGCUAAGAACUUUAAAUGCAUGGAUUUAUUCGGUCUAGAAAUUUAUUGAAGAGGCCAACAUGACCAUGAUGUUGUAGCUCCUAAUAUUUUCAAGGAAACCCUAUGAUAGUUAUCAUUUCUAGCAGGUAUGUGUUUCUUCUCAAUUAAAUGUUUACUUGUCAAUAAAUAUAAUUUUAUGCUAUGGAGGAACAAGCACUUGGAUGCCACUAUGGCUUGAAUUCAUAUAUGAAGAAGCUUCAGUACUCUUAUUGCAAGUAGAGAUGGGUCUCUUACAGCUUAAAUGCAUGCAUUUUACACUGAGAUUUUGCUGAUUAUUCAUGACAUAGUAUAAACAAGGCAAUCUUAUGUUCAAAUAGUAAAUAUGAAAAAAAAAUUGGUUGGUACUAUUUGAGAUGACUAUGUUUUUAGAUAGGUUUGGGCAGAACCCUGAACUAAAGAUUGCUGACAUCUGAAAACCCCAAAAGCCAUAGGUUGACUGGUUGUUUUCUUAGUUCUUGUACUUGUCCGUAUUUGACAUUUAUCAUAUCUUGUUUUUUCUUCUUCUCCAUGCUUUUUCUAGUAUAUCUAUAUCUGUUGUAGGCCAAUAUACAUCUUAUGUGUUGGUGUGCUAAAUUUCAUGCUUGAUUCCGAGAUAAAUAGUAGUACUGCGGUUUUUUGUGCCCACAAAUAUCAUGAUAAUCAUCCAGCAAGGCUCGAAAGGCAGAGUCAUUCCAGAGUUCGGCACUUAAGUGGGAUUUGGUUUCUUAGAGGUACUAAUAUGUUCUUAGAGGCACUUAAGUAUUAAUAAUGAAAAAGUAUUAAAGGGCUACGCAGACAUAGAAAAAGGGCUUCACUACGAUGGUCCCGGAAUCAAUUACUCAGUUCACUACCGAGGACCAUAAUAGCCCGGCAAAGAAGAUGAAGACAGAAGCUAGGGGAUGAGAAUUCGAACCUUCAAUAGCUCUAUUUCACUGGUUAACACCUCUUAGUUGCAUUUAGAAAACAUCAACGAUCAGUACUAGACACUGCGUGCAGAAGAGGUAUUUUAUAUUGGUAUGCCAAGCCUUACAGAGAGACCAUUCUCCAUUAGUUUAGAAGGUCUCAAUUUUCCCCUGGGUUUGAUGGGUGAUACUGUCUUCUCUUUCUAGUUUCCAGAGGAGGAGAAAAACCUCGGUCCUUUUGAUCGCUUGGUUUACGUAUACCAUUUUACCAAUGACACUCAGAACCAAACAGUGAUGAAGUUCAGCUAAUGCUAGAUCUCAGUUACUUCAUCUAUUGAGUAAAACCUGUUCUGUAAAAUAAAUAAAAAUAUGCAGCGUGGUUUCUGUGAGUAGGUCCAAAAGUACAGUUGGACAACCUUUAAGUCAUCAGCUGAAAGAAAUGUCUUUCCCAUUGCUUACUUAGAUAUGCUUGAUACUUCUCCUCAUUUCCAUAUGCUUGAUAUUUCAGAAUUUUGGAAAACCUUUCUUUGUGGUUGUUCUUGAGGAUGAGGCCUUACCUUAGAUUAAGAGACACUUGCAGAAAAAGAUGGUGAUUUCUCCAAGGUAAUGAGGGUUUCUUGGACUAGAGCACCCGGACACAGCUCCAAUAAAGGCACACCCUGCUAACCAGUUACGGGUUCCUCUUGUCAGAAACGGUCCUUGGAUUGGAUAUCCUGAUAAUGCCCACAUUAUUUUGUUCUUUUUGGCUGGAAUUUUGCUAAUUGCAUGAUCUCUAUGCUGGACCAUCAUUCAUUUGAGAGACCUGUAAAGAUGUAUGACAAGACAGUUGUCUGAAACACGAGUGACGUCCUGAUAUGCAAUAAUACGAAGCAAGUAGCUGAAACUGAAAUUGCUGGCUUGAAUACAUUGUUUUUCAGAAUAUGAUGGCAGGACUGGUUAAAUCAGGUUCAUGGAGCCGGUUUCAGAAUGGAGGCCCUUUUGGUUUUCAGUAGACAAGGCUGUUUUCUUUUGUCCAUUAGGUGCUGUACAUAAUCAAAUAGCUGCUAGGUGGCAAGUUGCUUUUCCUGUGUAUUGUUGUUGUGAGAUGUACAAGUCUUUUCCUUGUUGAUGCCCAAAACGAUACUUAUAUCUCCAGUUAUGGUACAGUGCUGUGUCCUUUUACACAUUUCAACAUUUGUAUUC